CUCAGGGACAGUCGGUCGUUUCAGAAUUUCAAACUCGAUCGCCAUGUCUUGUUCUCCGCCGCCCCCGCUCGCGCUCUCGAUCCUCCUCUCCCGCCUCCGCGCCUGCGGCUCCGCCCCGCACGCGCUGCAGUGCCACGCCCUCCUCCUCACCUCCGGCCACCUCGCCGCCUCCCCGCUCCGCCUCUCCAACCUCCUCCUCCUCGCGCUCGCGUCCGCCUGCGCGGCGGCCCACGCCGACGCCGUCUUCGCCCGCCUCCCGGGGGCCGCCUCCGCACACGCCUUCCCCUGGAACACCCUCAUCCGCCUCCACGCCCCCUCGAGCCCCCGCAGGGCCCUCGCCUACUUCGCGCGCAUGCGCCGUGGCGCGGUGGACCCCGACGCCUACACCUUCCCCCCCGUGCUCAAGGCGUGCGGCUGCGGGGUCGGGCUGCUGGUGCACGCCGAGGCUGUGAGGAGGGGUCUGGAUCGCGACCUGUUCACGCGGAACGCGCUGAUCAGCUUCUACUGCAGGACCGGCGACUGUCGCUCUGGGCGGAAGGUGUUCGAUGACGGCGCGCGGGACCUCGUUUCGUGGAACUCCAUGGUGGCGGGGUACGUCGGGUGCGGCGAGGUGGAGCUGGCGCAGGAGCUGUUCGACGAAAUGCCGCAUAGGGACGCCUUCUCCUGGGCCGCCAUGAUUGAUGCCUACGGGAAGCGGUCUGGAGGUGUGGACCGUGCGCGCGAGCUGUUUGAUCAAAUGCCUGAGAGGGAUCUGGUGUGCUGGAACUCGAUGAUCGAUGGGUAUGCUAGGCAGGGGAGGAUGGACGAGGCGAGGGUGCUAUUCGAUGAGAUGCCUGAGAGGAAUGUGAUCUCGUGGAGUAUUGUUGUUGACGGGUAUGUCAGGUGUGGCGAGCCUUCGGAGGCUUUGGAACUUUUCCGAAGGAUGCUGAGGUGCGGUAUCAGACCUGAUAGGGUCGCUGCAGUUGGGGCUGUCACGGCCUGCGCACAGCUGGGAGCUCUGGAGCAAGGCAGGUGGCUGCACUCUUACUUGGAGAAGAAGAAGAUUUUGUUCGAUGUUGUGGUGAAGACAGCUCUGAUAGAUAUGUACAUGAAAUGUGGGCGCUUGGAUCUCGCCAUGUUGAUCUUUGAAAGCAUGCCUGACAAGACCGUGGUUACUUGGAAUGUGAUGAUUGUUGGACUUGGAACUCAUAGCUGCGGACUUGAUGCUGUCAAGCUUUUCCGCCAAAUGGAGUCUGAAGGAGCACCAAUGGAUGAUCUUAGUGUGCUUGCCGUGCUGACUGCAUGCACACAUGCUGGGUUGAUCUCAGAGGGUUUACAGAUAUUUCAUAGAAUGAAGAAGGAUUUUGGGAUAGAUCCCAAGGUUGAACAUUAUGGUGCAUUGGUUGAUCUCCUUGGGCGUGCUGGACAUUUGGAUCAGGCUAGGCAUACCAUAGAGACAAUGCCCAUGGAACCAACUCCAGAAUUAUGGGGAUCUCUGCUUGCUGCCUGCCGAAGUCAUAGGUGCGUCGAACUGGCUGAGCUGUCGGUUGAACGCCUAGCAAGUCUUGGAGCUGAUGACUCUGGAGUCUAUGUUCUUCUGUCCAAUAUCUACGCUGAUGAAGGAAUGUGGGAUGGUGUCUCGAGGAUUAGGAGAUUGAUGAGUGCUGAAGGGAUGAAAAAGGACAUUGGAAGGAGUGUGAUUGAGGCGGAUGGACAAAUACACGAGUUUGUGAAUGGAGGCAGUUCACAUCCUGAUAAGGAUGAAAUUUACAUGAUGCUGUGGAAUUUAUCUAACAUGGUAGCAUCUGCUUGAUUGCUCUGUUGCACCGAAAUUGUGUUGAAUCUCUUGGUGUGAUGCCUGUUAGUUGAUUGAACAUUCUUGGCAUGAAAUGCUACAAUGCUGGAUGGAGCUCUUGAAAACUCAGUGUCCCGGGGUUUCUUUCUGAAGCUGCUUGUCAUGACAAACAUUUGCAAAUGAAAACAAAGUGUUUGGUUGGAGCUGUGGCUUAUUUCCCAGAGGACUUUGGAGAUAUCAACAUGAUCGAAAAUUGCACCUGGUAGUUAAUUACGCUGUUGGAAGAGCUACCUCCCAAGUUCUAUUGAUAUAGCAGCCAAAUGGGUGCUUAGUUACUUGCACACUGGUCCAUGCCUUUCUUUGUAUUCAUUUUACUGGACUUAGUUGCAGACUGACUAAAAGGUUCCGAAACGCAGAGAUCUUGAGAUCCAUGGGGUGGUGGUCCAUUUUGCUUUCAUUGACUUACUUGGACGGAGGCUUAACCACAAGUUUGAUCUUAAUAAAAAGACUUCGAACCUCUGUUGAGUUGGUCUUUAACAUCCUCAGAAUGAAGAAAAGUGAAACUCAGGUUGAAGGCUGGCGUCAUCAAGAUAGAGAUCUACACAUGCUAGUCCUGAAGCCAUUUGAAGCUACAGUAGGAGCAAAUGGGCCAGAGGUUAUGGAGGGAAAGGGAAGAUGGGUCAAUUAUUUGCGCCAAUCAUAUGCAACAUCGAAACGGCGGACACAUUGCGCAAAAUCUAUGUGGGAAUAGUAGUAAACCUAAUAAUCAGCGAAAGAACAUGCUUCAAGGAAAACCCUGAGGGAGAAGUGGAAACUUAUGUUCAGUCAAAGGACAUGCUUCAAGGAACUAGCUAGCUAGGAUGCUUGGGGUAGUGAUGACGGUGAAAGCCAGGGGGAAGCACAGAUUUAUGGCGUAUCAUCUCUGAACAUGCAGAGGUGUGUGUCUGUAUGCCACAGGACUGAGAGGAGGGUGUGGGAACUGGAAAAGCAGCUCGGGUGAAGAUGCUUGGAUUCUGCAUUUCGGAGAGAGCAGCGUGGCGGGGGUGCUUGGAUUUCUGCGUUUCUCCCAGCCUAGCUCUUGUUUUCUUCUCUCGCUCUCCAUGAGCACGACGGCAUGGGCUUGCCACUGGAUUCUGGGACAAGCAUCCAGAGCCGUACCAGGCGCAGUCUGGCGGCUUCUUGCAGCUGCAGAGAGCAAUUCUCGGAAGCUCGGGAUCUGCGGCGCGUUGGUCAUAUUGCUUAUGUGCAUCUUCCUCAAGGAAGAUGCACUGACUGGCCGUGGACAUGGGCAGUGCUCAGCGGUGGUUGCUUUCAGUACCAGAGCGGCUACCACCACCGGGAGAGGCCAAUGCUGGCAGUCACGAGACGCCAACUGGGUCAAGAUUUUGGUCCAAUCUGAAAAAUAGGCAAGUGGGUACUGUUUGUCCAAGUCAGGACAUUUUGGCCACUAAGAAUCCAGCGUGUAAAUUGUUCUUUGCUUCCAACAACUUACUGGACUAAUUUACACUGGCUAAGCAUAUUUGCAGGGGGGGUCUGCAUUCCACCCUGUCGUGCUGAGGGGGACUCGUUGUUUUCAGCCCCACGGAUCACAAGGAUAUGGCGUACUACAUUCCCGACUAAAAGACAUUCACAAAAUCCAUAUUUUGCCAUCACAAGGUACAUCCACCCACCAAGGUGUCGAGAUACCAGAAUUCAAACCCAUGUGUACUCGGUAGAGUGUUACACUUUUUAGGCACCUAUAACUCAACUGCCCCACAAAUAGGCGCAUACACAAUUUGCUAACAGUAUGUGCUAUACAUUGAUACGGCUUUGCUAUUCUUCAAGAGUAGUUAUUUCUGAGUCGAUCCGUUAUGAUCACUCUGACAUGGGGCAGAAAUGAUACUAUUGGAUUUGGAUCUGAACAAGUGGCAAGCUUUAUCAUGGGGUUGCAAAGGUU